AUGACGAACCCAAAGGGUACACGACGCGGAACGCGCUACAUGUUCGCGAAGGCGUUCAAGAAGCACGGAAUUGAGCACCUUUCCACCUACUACAAAAGCUACAAACGAGGAGACAUCGUCGACGUCUUGGGAAAUGGUGCCUUCCAGAAGGGAAUGCCACACAAGGUCUACCAUGGAAAGACGGGCCGCAUCUUCAACGUCACCAGACACGCCGUCGGAGUGGUCGUCAACAAACGAGUCCGUGGAAACAUCAUCCCGAAGCGGAUCAACGUCCGAAUCGAGCAUGUGAGACAAUCCCGUUGCCGUCUCGAUUUCCUCAAGCGUGUCAAUGAGAACGAUCAAGCACGGAAAGAGGCCAAGGCCGCCAACAAGCCCGUUCCCGUUUUGAAGCGCCUCCCCAAAGGACCACGUCCCGCUCACACCGUCAAAGUCGCUGAUUGCACAGAAACUCUUGCGCCUCUUCGAUACGAGAUCAUUGCU